CAAUUCGGACAGUUCCAAGUGAAUUACCUGGGUUUCCAAGUCACGUCGGACUUGGGAGUCUCGGACGGAUACAGGGAAAAGUUGAUGGACAUUCGACCCCCUCAGUCAGAGAAUGAUCUGCAGAAGAUAUUGGGACUAUGUAACUACGUCAGAGACCACGUACCCAACUACCAGAAGUAUGCCAGACCAUUAUACAAUAGCCUGAGGAAAAAGGUGGAGAACGAAGAAGGAGGACAAAUACCCUGGGUUUGGACAGCAGCUAACCAACAAGAUCUGGAAGAAUUAAGGAAGGCAAUCCAAGCUGCCGUGAGACCGGAACCGAGGAGUUUGUCAGAGCGGAUGGUGGCAGAAAUCAGCUGUGAGAACGACGAUGCUAUGAUCAAAGUGAGUAACAAAAACGAAGGCCUGGUUACUCUGUGGAGUUAUACCCUGACUUCUGUUGAGAAAAAGUACCCACAGGAAGAGAAAGAACUAGCAGUACUAGCUCGAUACUGGAGUGUGCUAAAAGACUUAGCACAGGGACAGCCAAUCAAAGUCAUCACGCAGAGCCAGGUCCACAAGUACCUACGCAAAGGCACCGUCGAAAGUACUAAAGCAACAAACACACGAUGGGGAAGAUGGGAAGACAUCUUGCUGGACCCAGAGCUUGAAAUUGGGCCAGCACAGCCCCCAAACAAAAGACGACUGCAGGAGGCACCUGAGAAACCGGGGCAGCCAGAGUGGACACUCUACACCGAUGGAUCGAGGAAAGGAUCUGACCACAUGGCAUACUGGGGGUUCAUCCUGAAACAAGACGACACAGAGAAGUGUCGACAGAAAGGGAAAGCCCCCGGCAGUGCCCAAGCCGGAGAAGUGACCGCGGUGUUGGAAGGACUACUGGAGUUGGCCAAAAGAAAGAUCAAGAGUGCCCGGUUAGUGACGGACAGUUACUACUGUGCUCAAGCCCUUAGAGAGGACUUAGCCAUUUGGGAAAAAAAUGGUUUUGAGACAGCUAAGGGCAAGCCGGUAGCGCAUAAAGACUUGUGKAAGAAGAUUGCUGAGCUAAAGAUGCAAUUGGAGCUCCAAGUUGAGCACCAACGAACCCACACGCAUGAGGGAGCUCAUUGGCGUGGAAAUGAUGAAGUGGACUGCUAUGUACAGCAGAGGAAAAUUGUCUUUGUCGGUGCCGAGAAGUGGGACAGUACUCCCAGAGGACGAGAGGUCCCAGAAGAGUACGUGGAUGAGGUCGUGCGGAGCRUGCAUGAGGCCCUUGGACAUGCAGGCRUACGGCCURCCCGUAAGGAGCUGGAGGAGCAUGAACUUUGGAUCCCAGUGAAACAAGUCCAACGCGUACUAAGGGGGCUGCAAASUGUGUGGACAAUACAACGCAGGYCGCCGAGGGCAGCGGUUGGAGGGGUUGACCAUCAAAAGCACSACCCCCUGGGGCUCAGUCUGCAUGGAUGUAGCAGGCCCCAUGGGAAUAACGGGAAGGAAAGGUGAGAAGUACCUUUUAGUGCUGGUGGACUCAAUGUMKGGAUUUGUAACUGUGAAAGCAGCCAGGAAGGCAAACGGCAACAGUGUUGUCAGCAUGCUAGAACAAGUGUGCAGUGCCCUGGGAAUCCCAAAGGAGCUACGUACGGACAAUGGGACUCAUUUCCGUAAUGCACAGGUUGCCCAAUGGUGCCAAAAGUAUGGAGUGAUGAGGGUUUACUCACCACCCUACAYACCACAAGCCAACGGGGUGGUGGAACGGACCAUUGGAUUAGUCAAAGGCUGGAUAGCUAAGAAUGCUAACGACAGCAGCUGGAGCACCGUGGSGGUGGAAAUAGGGCAGGCCCUCAACGACAGGAGCAGAGUCGAGWGGCCCGCCCCCUCGAUGGAGCUCAACCAACGACCGUUUGCCACGAAGGAAGCAGGGCGGGGCUCCAGCGACAAAAAGGAAAAGCUGACACCCAAGGUGCCAUUCAGAGUGGGGCAGCGGGUGUGGAUCAAGGCAAGAGAACAACCUGUGAACGCAGCAGUGAAACCCAAGUUUGACACGACAGACACGUUAAGCAAGUACUGGAUAGGAACACAGUGUUGCUGGAAAAACGGGGGAUCCAARGGGUCGAACAGCUCAAACCAGUUCCUGACUAGAGAGAAAUAGAAGCCGGUGAAAUGGCCAGUGAAUCAUGUAUCAUUCCACCCUAUCUCUGACUGGCCACCGUGAGAGGGGUGGUUGUAAUUAGGAGAACAACUUCAGGGAUCUGGGCAGGACGAGCCCUGAAGAAAUUGGAUUGGGCCAAAAAUGGAAUCCUGUCAGAAGAACCUGAAAUGCUAAUGUGGAGUAGAGCUAAAGAUCGUUGCCCAGUGUGUUUAACAGCUCRCCAACUUCCCCUUACCUGGGAGGGACCAGGCCRUGACAAACCCAGGCGACAGGAGUCAACGGCAGAGAGGCUGCAACACCUUCCYGUCUCCCCGGUUUCAGUUAUGAAUGUUACGUUCUGUGGGAAUUGCUGACUAGGUUAUCUGCCCCGGCUCCUGUUGAUAAACCAAUGGGGAUGGGGGGAGGAAGAACCAAAGAGAUGCCACUGCCUGUGGGAUGGAGAAGAAAUUAACUACUGUUCGGCCUGCAGUGAGCAGAUCCGAGGAGAUGAGGUGACUUCAUCGGGGCAGGUGAGAAGAUACUAUAGCUCCCUACGAUUCUUCCAAACAUGGGGAGGAGCCCAACCUAAUUUCGGGAGCCCCAUACCGUCGGUUCACUGGUUUCCAGGACCUUCGGCUCCCCCUAACACUCCGGAGGGUCUCUCAGGGAGAGAAGAAKGGGUUUGUAGGAAAGAAGAAGGACCACAUGACUUUCUAUGGGAAUCUGUCCAUGCUGCCUGGCCUUAUGAUCCCGCGCGAACMMACCUGCAGUUCCCACCGGUGAAUACCACGCACUCCCCAGUAAUUUUCCGAGUGCUGCGGCCUCAGACAGAUCGCAUGCCAGCUGAAGAGUUAAGUCUGCUCCCAGACGACAAGAUGUUUGAUGGAAUGGACAUCCUUCUGCUUCAGGGAGCAGACCAGAACCAGAAGACCUGCAUUGUCUGGAAGGUUGAUGCAAAAAGAAGACUGUUGGAUUUCACAUUUGUUGUGAAAUGGCC